CGAGGGGAGCCCCCGCCCCCCUUCGCAGAAGCCUGCGGCUGGGGUUGCAGGAAGAACUGGAACUGGGCUGGCCGAAGUGGGAAGCGGCGCGUUAAAUCCGCCCCCUCUCCAUACCCUACUUUCAAGGGGUGGGCGGUAGAGGGGAGGUUGGGGUUGGAGCAGCGGCGAGGGGGCCCCUCCCUUGCACCUCCCCCCACCGGACUUGGUCGCGCCCGAAGUGUAACACUUUCUCUUUGUCGGAGGAGCUCCUCUGUUUCCUGUGCAGUAGCUCCCGUUGCGGCGGCACCCGUGGCAGCCCUGGCGGACGCAGGAGCGAUGGCAGCGACCGAUAUAGCUCGCCAGGUGGGUGAAGGUUGCCGAACUGUCCCCCUGGCUGGACAUGUGGGGUUUGACAGCUUGCCUGACCAGCUGGUGAAUAAGUCCGUCAGCCAGGGCUUCUGCUUCAACAUCCUGUGCGUGGGAGAGACAGGUUUGGGCAAGUCCACCCUCAUGGACACCCUGUUCAACACCAAGUUCGAAGGGGAGCCAGCCACCCACACACAGCCGGGUGUCCAGCUCCAGUCUAAUACCUAUGACCUCCAAGAGAGCAACGUGAGGCUAAAGCUCACGAUCGUUAGCACAGUUGGCUUUGGGGACCAGAUCAACAAAGAGGACAGCUACAAGCCCAUCGUGGAAUUCAUCGACGCACAAUUCGAGGCCUACCUGCAGGAAGAGCUGAAGAUCCGGAGAGUGCUGCACACCUACCAUGACUCCCGAAUCCAUGUCUGCUUGUAUUUCAUUGCCCCCACGGGUCAUUCCCUGAAGUCUCUGGACCUAGUGACUAUGAAGAAGCUGGACAGUAAGGUGAACAUCAUCCCCAUCAUUGCCAAAGCAGAUGCCAUUUCGAAGAGUGAGCUAACGAAGUUCAAAAUCAAAAUCACCAGCGAGCUUGUCAGCAACGGAGUCCAGAUCUAUCAGUUUCCUACAGAUGAUGAGUCAGUAGCAGAGAUCAAUGGAACCAUGAAUGCCCACCUGCCGUUUGCUGUCAUUGGCAGCACAGAAGAACUGAAGAUAGGCAACAAGAUGAUGAGGGCGCGGCAGUAUCCUUGGGGCACUGUGCAGGUUGAAAACGAGGCCCACUGCGACUUUGUGAAGCUGCGGGAGAUGCUGAUUCGGGUCAACAUGGAGGAUCUGCGGGAGCAGACCCACACCCGGCACUAUGAGCUGUAUCGCCGCUGUAAGCUGGAGGAGAUGGGCUUCAAGGACACCGACCCUGACAGCAAACCCUUCAGUUUACAGGAGACGUAUGAGGCCAAACGAAAUGAGUUCCUAGGGGAACUCCAGAAAAAAGAAGAGGAGAUGAGACAGAUGUUCGUCCAGAGAGUCAAAGAGAAAGAAGCAGAGCUCAAAGAGGCAGAGAAAGAGCUGCAUGAGAAGUUUGACCGUCUGAAGAAACUGCACCAGGACGAGAAGAAGAAACUGGAGGAUAAGAAGAAAUCCCUGGAUGAUGAAGUGAAUGCUUUCAAGCAAAGAAAGACGGCAGCCGAGCUGCUCCAGUCCCAGGGCUCCCAGGCUGGAGGCUCACAGACUCUGAAGAGAGACAAAGAGAAGAAAAAUUAACUCUGCUGUUUGCUGCAUGCUGCAUGAGACCCAGGGUCCUGUUUGGGCUUCCUGUAGACACCCUUUUCCUGCGCAACAGAGCUGGGCCUCCCUUUCUCUAACUUCCCCCUUAACAUGCCUGGGGGGCAUACAGUCCAACCCGGGCCCUCUCCUCUCUUCCUGCCAAGGUUUAUAGAAACCUGAGAAUCUGAGGGCGAUGUCUGGCCGCUGGUCAAGAAGCCAACAGUCAUGUGGCUCGCAGAUGCAUCCUGCAUCCCAGUCCCCCUCCCAGCACCCCCAGCCAUCCCCCCUGUCUUCCCCCACAUCUUUGCCAGAGGUGUGACAUGGUCAGGGGGCCCAUCUGCUACUCUUCCCCAGCAGCUCCCCUGUUUCAGUUCUGGUUGCUGUUAGUUUUCCCUGAGGUAUUUGCAUCCACCAUGGCUGGGUAAGCACCAAUAAGCACAGCUGCUCCCUUGGUCUCCUGUAUCCCAGUCACUAGUCUUCCCUGGCCCACCCCACCCUCAUCCUCAGGAGCCGCAGCCACUUCUUAGAGAGUUUCAAAAGGAGAGCCUUUGGCGCCUUUUCCGUCUAACCUUUGAGUCCAGCCCUUUCCAGUUUUCAUUCACUCGAAGUAACUGCACUCAAGCUGUGCUCAAAAUCUGUAACGCAUUUAUUUACACCAAGCCCUUCCCAUAAAACACAACUGCUGGAAAAAUAGCAGACGUUUCCCCUCUCUCUAACUCUGGGUAUCCCACAGAUGCAAAAGGGAGAAUAAACCUACAUAUUAUUACCAGCCUAGAGUCUUGAAUGAUAGCCUUACUGAGUUCUUCUUGUGAGGUAUUUCAGCAUCUCAGGGGUAAUUUCCGGAAGGGCUCCAUACUGUCCCAAUAAGGUGAGGCCAGUAGCAGGAAUAAUAAAUCCCACUUUGUAGACUGGAAAACUGAGCUGUCAAAAGAAUCAAGUGUUUGGGGGUUUGCUCUAAUGAGUCUUGUAGUUCAUUUGGUGAAUGUCAUGAUGAUUUUUAACAUGCAUUUUGCAUGCAUCCCUCAAUAAGAAGAGAUGAGACUAUCAGCUGGAGAGAAGAAAAGAGGUGUUACACCUUGGAAGGCCCUUAACUUGCUUUCCAAUUUAAGGAGUUGAGAGUUUAAAAAUAUUCCAGCCCUACUUUUUAUCAUGGGUCCCAUCUGAUAGUGGCUUUGGGAACCUCUGUGAAGUAGGGAGCCCUCCCUUGUCAGGGUUAUGAGGCACAGUGGCCUUUGGUGUUUGGCCUGUGACAGUGUGAGAGAUGGAGUUGACCUGGCAAUGAUCUGUGGCUAACGUGCCGUCUCUCUGCCCUUCCUUUGCAGUAAUCCAUGGCUGUGUACUGAAUAGUAUUCCCCGCUACAGCUGGACUGGACUCCAUUUAGCCUUUUAAGCCGAGGUUUCUAUUUUAACUGACAGCUUUCCUUUGGGGUGCCAGGCAGCCAGGCCCCCCACCCCUACCCUGCCAUGUACUUCAAGCUCACUUCUUUUUGAGUUCCGCAACUUGCUUCUGCCUCCCAGCCCCACUGGCACUGACCAUGACCGCCUUCUUUUUUUUUUUUUUUUUUUUAGAGUUUCUUUUUUUGAUCACUUACUUUCAAAGCACACAGUCAAACAAGGUUAUGCCAAAUUUCCAGGCCUUUUUGAAGUAUUGAGAAGGGGAAGGGGAUUUCUCGCUUCGAUUAUAGAUCAUAGUAGGAAGCAAAAGGAAAAAAAUGAAAAGCAAACAUAUGCACGUACUUCCUUUUUUUUUGUUGGCAAAGCAAGAGUGUAGGUUUGCUGUGUACCGUCUGGUGCUCUGCUGAUUGGUGAGUGACCAGAGCAAGUAUAAAGGUGAUGCUGCCAGAGCACAAGCCAGUUUCUUGGGAAAAUUCAAGUUAUGGUGGAGUAUUGUUUUGAAGACCAUAUGCUUGGAGGUAGAAACAAACCAACAACCAAAAAAAAAAAAAAAAAAAAAUCUGCUCAGAUACUCAGCCAGUAGCUCAGAGAGAUGCUGAGUUAGGCCUGUCAGGUCUCCCUGGGAAAGGCUUCGUAUUUGCAACUUUGAUGAUUCUAUGUCCAGCUUCAGAGCUGCUUUCCCAGAAAUUCACGCUUAAAAAACCAACUGGUAAUCACCACCCCCGACCCCGCCGCCCGGUAAUUAUUUGCAUUACAAACCGGAGGCGCCCUCAUUUGCAUUUCUGUACCGAUUAACUACUUAAGGCUUGAGAAGCUCUGAAUACUUCGAAAGUAUUAGACCCACACAGCCUUGGAGAGACCUUCAGAAACUAAAGAGGACUUUUAUAUUAAGGGAGACAUUUUAGUCAGUAAGACGAUAUAACCUAGUUACUCCGUAAGGGGAAAUGAAGGCCCAGAGAAGGGAAGGGACUUGAGCAAGGUCCCAGUGCUGUUUCCAGGCAGAAGCCAGACUAAUUUUCAUGCCUCCUGACUCCCAAUCCAUUUCACAAAGGGAUUCAAUCUGUUUACAUACGUUCCUGGAUACGAGGCCUUUUGAUGUUCAGAGUAACUGAAUAGUUAGUAUUAGAAGACCCUCGAGGUUUUUUCCCACAGAAAAACAUCUGAAGAUGGAUUGGGUGAGGGCUGGCAAAAUGAAGGCAUGCUGGGCCAGCUCCUUAACCCAGUGAUGCUGCAAGGCUGGAACGGGCUCCGGGAGACUGUGUGUAACAGGUGCCCUAGGUGACCAUUAUAAUCAGGGAAGUUUGGUAAACAAAAAUCAAACCCAUGAGUGAACAUAAAUUAAAAAGUUGAUCAAGCCCAUUAAAAUGGGUAUUUCAUUGGGUGGCUUUAUUCACUGUAGACAGAAAGAUUUUUUCCUUCUUCAAUGAAAAGGUGUUUUAAUUAGUACAACUAGGCCGGGCGCGGUGGCUCAAGCCUGUAAUCCCAGCACUUUGGGAGGCCGAGAGGGGCGGAUCACGAGGUCAGGAGAUCGAGACCAUCCUGGCUAACACAGUGAAACCCCGUCUCUACUAAAAAAAUACAAAAAAACUAGCCAGGUGAGGUGGCGGGCGCCUGUAAUCCCAGCUACUCGGGAGGCUGAGGCAGGAGAAUGGCGUAAACCCAGGAGGCGGAGCUUGCAGUGAGCUGAGAUCCGGCCACUGCACUCCAGCCUGGGCGACAGAGCGAGACUCCGUCUCAACAACAACAAAAAAUUAGUACAACUGUUACUAUUUUUAAAAAAAAUACCCUAAGUACUCUGUUUACUUCUGGUGAAACAAAACCAGUCAUUAGCAAUGGUCUGUGCUUUUAUUUUCCCAGACUGGAGUGGCUUUUCUGAAAUACACACACACACACACGUACACACAUCCCUCACUUCUCCUAAGCCAAGAAGUUUGCUUUCCCUAGCUGCAGUGUAGAUGGCUCUUGUUUUUGUUUUUUUGUUUUAAUCAUUUGGCAUUCACAUGUGGCUGUUAAUAAUGUGCUUGUUUUUAAUUAAAACAAGAAGCUUUAAACUGGUGUGUGGUGUUCUUAAAACCUUCUCAGCAGAUUUCCCCGUGGUGAUGGCCCAACAGUGACCCCCAUUUCUAACCUGUCUUCUCAAACUAUAAUCUGUGCUACCUCAGUACUGCCCAUUCCCCUCCCCCUGUCUUACUUUGAAUGUCCUCUUUCUUUGGCUAAUCUCAUGUUUUCUUUCUCUUUCUCUCUCCCUCUCCAGCUUUUUUUAAUCUUGUCUUCAGCAGCUGCACUAAGUCUAAAGGAGAAGACUGCCAUUAUAGAAGAGUUAGGGUUCCAUAUUGUCUCAAAUCAGAAAUCAGCCAAUUCCCUCUCCCCUCAAACUGCAAGCACACACACAUACGCCACACCACCCAACAAGUAUUCAUGUGUCCCUGUGUCCAGGCAAGAAGCUCUCUUCCCGACUCACAUGGUAUUUUAAAUGGAAGUGUCUUGUCCUAACUAACAAGGCAGGAAAAGAACCAUCAGAGCUGGAAAAUGGACCAAAUGUAACCUCAGAGAAACAACUACAGGACCACUCACCCAAGUGUAAGUGACUGGGGCAGGACACUUCAGCUGUGGGUGUGGAAGUACUGUUCUGUUCACAAGGUUUUGUUUGCGUUUUGUGUUUUUCUUUUUUAAACAUUUCUCUGGUUCGAUGGGUUGACUGUCUACGGCCACUGUUAAAACAUUUCUGAAUAUGGAAGAGAAAGUCAAGUGACAUUUUUAUCUUCUUCAGCAUUCACAGACCUUCUAUAGAUUCCAGCAAAGGGGAAAAAUGUGUCCACUAUCUAACACUCAGGUGGAGAAGGGAGAGAAGGGAGGGGGUUUAAGCUUAGUGAGGGCAAAAUUACUCCAUUCCACCUUCUGAGACCAGUUGGGGUUUUGAGAGAGGUUUCUGCUCAACCUGGGAUCUGGAGGGAGAGCUUUGAUGUUGGUAAAAUUGCCUUGAAUUCAUUGGUUUAACUUGCAUCAAAAUACCAUGUGAGUGUGCUCAUUCUCAUAGAUCCCUACCAUCAUCACCACCAUUCUGCUGUUCAGUGUCUCUUGAGAGAGCCUCUUUGCAUGUUUUCCAGAAUCUGUGUGUGUUUUUCCUUUCUUCUCCUUUGUUCUUUUUGCUCAAAGGUGUGACCAGUCACUGCCCCUCUGGGGCUUUCAUUCUCCAGGAGAAACAUCCCAGAACCAGCACUGUUUAGCUUACUACCUUUCUAAUGUCCGUGUCAAUUUUCAAUAAAAUUCAAAGAAAUGCU